UUCAAUAACCGGAUAAGAUGAUAAUAGGGGGAUUGCCUUCAGAGCGGUGAGAGUUCUAACUUCUACCUAGAAGGAGCGUUCGGCUACUCUAGAGAAGGCGCAAUGGCAUCAGCCAGCGGAUCUCUUGGCUUCGUCUCCUUGCUGCGGGCACCAUCCGUCGCAUCCCAGCCGUCAAACCGCCGGUACGGGUCCACCAUCGCCGUCUCCCGCGGAACAGGAAUCUAUGCGAGGUUCGAGCGGCCACUGGAAGAGAUCUACAACGUGCGAGUUGAGCGCGGGGUGUCGAAGGAAAUGCUGGCUAACCUGGGCGUGGAACGUUGGUCAACGUGGAAGACUGGGAAGUGCCGGUUUCCUUGGGACUGGCACGUUGAUCAGCAGGUCUACGUCGUCUCCGGUGAGGUACGAGUGGUGCCUGUGGGAGCCAAGUCCGGCGAACGCUACAUGCGCUUCGUUGCCGGAGAUCUCGUCCGCUACCCUAAAUGGUUCGAGGCCGACCUCUUCUUCGACGGACCCUACGAGGAGCGGUACCGCUUCCGCGCCUAUGGUGAUGAUUGAAAGGGUUUGGUUGCCAUCCAUUUCUGUAAGUGGCAACAAACACAGGUAAAGGCAUGCAACAAUAUUCAAAUUAUUUCAUUGGAGGCUCCUAUUGCUUAGACCUUCAAUCCAAAUGUCUUACUACCUUAAUCAUAAUGCAUCAUCAAAUAUUGGCUUGUUGAUGUCCUUAAAAGAAGAUAAUUCAAGUACUUCUUGAGUAUAAGAAGGAUGAAUGCCCUGCAAGGAGGUUUGCCUUAACCCAGUUUUCUCUUGUGUUUUCUUUUGAGGAGACCUUUUAUUUUUUUGGUGUUGCUUGUAAUUAAUACUGUUGUUGUAUUGUUUGUCACUGUACAAGAACUGGCUAAACGUGCAGGCCUUAUGUGAUGCUUUUUGAUUUGUCAAA